GUUCUCUUCGAAGAAAAUUAGACUUACCAGCUAUGGUUCUGAAUGAAAAGCUGAGCACUUGACCUAAAUGGGAAAAUUGUAGUUUUCUGGCCCAACAAUUCCAGUUCCACCUCAGGGUAUAUAGCUUGCACAUUCUCUGUGAUCUGAUUUUUCCUCAUCCAUCUCUUGCCAUCACACUCUGAAGGUCUCCAGCCCUCAGAAUACACGUUCAAACAGCAGCUACCCAUCUCACCCUCACCCUCACCAUCACCAUCACCAUGAGUCCCUCCAACAUCGGCUUAUCUCGAUUAGCCUUCGAGGCCCUCCAGGGCCACCAAUCCACCGUCGAGACCCACGGCCUGCCGCUAACGCCCCAGCGGACGCAGAGCCAGGAAGACGACUCAGGGGUCUCGAAAGUCAGCGACAGCCCCCCUGUGUACCCCGAGGUCCGGGCAAAUGUCACCAUCAAGCUGGAGGAGGAGGAGGAGGAGAGCAGCCCCCCGCUCUCCUGGCCUUCUCUUAGCGGGUCGAAGGCCCCCAGCCCCCAGGAUCCAAAGCCCGAAUCCCCAGCAGCGUGGGCCUCCAGCUCGUCCACGUUAAGCACCCCGAACCCCUCCAGCCCUACCAAUCCGUACACCACGCCGCUUGACACCCGCCCCCAGCCCACGCGAGCCUUCAACAUGGCCCGCCACCUGCGGCACUACAGGGGCAAAGUCGACGAGACGCCAUUAAACAAGCUGCCCGUAUCCGACGGUGGGGAGAACGAGGCCCACGCCGUGGAUACGAAAGAACUGGACGAGUCGCUAGGGACGGACAGGGAGAGGAGGUGGGCGAAGAGGGAGGAGAGCAUGCGAGUAAGGCGGUUUAGGGACUUGUUGUCGAAGAGUAGGAUGAGGGGGGAGAAGAGGGCGAGGGAGCGGUGCUGCGAUGUGACGAGCACCGAGUGGACGUGUAACUGUGUUAGGCCGCCGAAGGGGGUGAAGAGGCGGGAGAUUUACUUUACGGGAUGGGCUUGAGGGGUUGACGGGCUUCUGGCUGGGGGAUGUGCGCUAGGGGCUGAGCUAUCUUCGAGGGAAU